AUGGAAAACCAACGCUACGCUAAAGCGCCACAUCUUUGGGCGCUAGGUGUUGGUGCUGUCGUUAGUGGUAAUUUCUUUGGUUGGCAAUCUGGCCUUGUAGCUGGUUUCGAUGGACUUCUUAUCAUCCUAGUCGUUGUAACAGUGCUUUAUGUGUUGUUGGCCUUCUCUAUUGCCGAAUUAUCCACAACGGUCCCAUCAGGUGGUGGUCCUUAUAUCUUUGCACUGCAUGCUUUUGGUCCAUGCACUGCGUUUUUCGCCGGUUUGGCAGAAAGCCUUAAAGUCGUCAUCACUUGUGCGGUCGUCAUUACAGGCAUAAGCUCGUACACGAAUCAACUUUUAAAUCUCAGCUCAGAUUGCAGUCCAAUCUGGUGGUUCGUCUUUUACGUCGUCUUUGUGUCACUUAAUAUUGUGGGAGUUGAAGUGACAUUUCGCGUGCAAGCGUUCACGACGGUGAUCUCAGUCCUUAUUUUGCUUGUCUUUUAUUUUGGUGCAGCGACUAAAGUAUCGUGUACCGAGUGGGUCUCGAAUGUCGAUUGGAAAUUUCCAAAUGGUUGGGAUGGGGCAGUGAAAGGAUAUUCGUUCGCUCUUUGGUUUUACUUGGGUAUUGAAGAAUUACCACUAGCAAUUGAAGUGACAGUCAAUCCCGAACGCAACAUGCCGAUCGGACUUGUGACUUCCAUCUCUACGCUUGUUUUGCUGGCUUUUUGUACUGUGACCUUUAAUUCAAUGAUAUCCCCUGGCGCCAAAGCACUUUACACCAGUACUUCUCCACUUUUGACCGGAUAUGAAAGUGUCUUUGGAGGUAAUAGCACGACUUCAGCUUUCUCGUGGAUGCUCAUUCUGGGUCUCAUUGCAAGUUUCCACUCAUUUGUAUUCUGCAUGGGUCAAUUGUUGUACGCUAUAGCUCGGGAUGGAUAUUUGCCAAAGAUUUUGACAAGACUACACCAUACUCGUGGUACAACGUAUGUUUCGCUCAUUGCUGGUAGCACUAUCGGCUUCACUGUUGUGCUUGUGUUGCACUUUAUUAUUGGAGAUACGCGACUUGGUUCUGUCAUGAUCAAUCUUGCUUUGAUUGGUGCUCUGACUUCGUACACCAUUCAAUUGAUCUCAUUUAUCAAUCUACGCAUCAAAGAACCUAGUCGACAGCGCCCCUAUCGUAGUCCUUUUGGUGUCCCUGGUGCUAUUGUCUCAAUACUUCUGUGUUUUGCCGGCAUGGUUUCGAUUAUUUAUAGUGGAACUUCUAACUACGAGUUCUUAGCAUCCAUUCUUGUUGCAAGUAUAUACUUUGCUAUCGGUGCUGUGUAUUAUUUUACGCAUGUGCGAUCUCGCAUCGAAGUAUCGCUAACACCGAAACUACAUGAUAGCCUACUGAGUAGUGCCUCAUCAGCGGUCUGA